GGAAGCAGAUCCAGUUGUGCCCCUUACCAAAAACGCGUUAGAGUUAAAGUGGCUGAAGAGACAGCUCUUGCAUGUCUCUUAAAAGCUCUGAGUGAGGCUGGAGCAACAAACAAAGCAUAAAACAACCUGAAUUCAACUCACUUCAAUUUCUUUACCUUAUAUAUAUCUAUCCAAUUAACCACUCUUAUAUUUAGAAUCCAAAAAUCUCUCGUCGUCCAAGAAAGAAGCACCACAAAUUAAUUCUCGUUUCCCAUUCCCAUCCCCAUGCCAACUAUUUUGCAUAGGAUUUUCCUUCUUUACAACCUCGUACACUCAUUCCUCCUCUGUCUGGUCCCCAAGAAGGUGCGUCCCUUCCUCCCCCCUUCUUGGUUCCAAACCAAAACCAUCACUGCACCUUCUUCUUCUUCUUCUUCUUCUUCCAGUGCCCGCAUCAUCAAGAGAACAACAAUGGACCCCAACGAGCUGAAGCGCGUGUUCCAGAUGUUCGACCGCAACGGCGACGGAAGAAUAACGAAGAAGGAGCUGAACGACUCGCUGGAGAAUCUUGGCAUCUUCAUUCCUGACAAGGAGCUCGGCCAAAUGAUCGAGAGGAUUGACGUCAACGGCGAUGGCUGCGUCGACAUCGACGAGUUCGGGGAGCUCUACCAGACCAUCAUGGACGAGCGCGACGAGGAGGAGGACAUGAGGGAGGCCUUCAACGUCUUCGACCAGAACGCCGACGGCUUCAUCACCGUCGACGAGUUGAGGACCGUCCUGUCCUCCCUCGGCUUGAAGCAGGGCAGAACCGUCCAAGACUGCAAGAACAUGAUAUCCAAGGUUGAUGUUGAUGGAGACGGCAUGGUCGAUUUCAAGGAGUUCAAGCAAAUGAUGAAAGGGGGUGGCUUCAGUGCUCUCACUUAAAUUCAUUUCUUUCACAUCCAUUCAAUCUAUCUAUUCCCAUACAUCUUUGCUUUGUUUUGUUCUUGUAUAUAAGUUUCAGGAGAAAUAAUUACAUGAUUCGAUCAACAAGGUAAUUGUGUUUUCUCUAACUAAUCUCCACGUCACACACAUGUAAUGGUUUCCGACCAUGGACGGUAUAUGAUUUAGAUCAAUCCCAUAUGAUCUCGUCGUCCUAGGUAUGCAAUGUAAUGUGCGCAUUAAUUUGUGCCUCGUAUUUACCAUGCAUGUCAUUUUUAUUUUUUUUGGAAGAAGCACGCGUCGACGCUUUUGUCAGUUUGUGUGUGUGUGUGUGUGUGUGUUUCCAAUGUUAGACGUUGGUUUUGGGGGGUUAGAACCUGGCUCGAUAAGUGAGAUGAGCCUUGCCCUGGUAUUGCUACAACUUCAUGUCUUGGUUUUUUGGGGGAGGAAGGCCGUUGAAAUCGGGAGACUAUUGCUAGUCACAAGAUCUGUUUGUGUUUUCUUGUUGUUAAAGUUUUGAGGCCGUAAAGGUUGGUUCUGUUUUUACUAUGUAAAACUCUGUGAUGAUUUUGUUGAA